UCUGGUUCUCUCCCGCUUGCAGGUGUGGCUGGCGUGCGCGUUGGGAGCGCCUGCUUGCCCCUCCUCCGGGGGGAAGGACUGGCCGUCGUCCCUGCUCCGGGGCUGCGGGAUGCGGGUGCGCCGAGCCCUCGGGAGGCCUGGCUCUGGUGUGGGCUGCGGGGAGAAGGCGCGGGAAGGAAGGAAAGAGGCGAAACGGUGCGGGAGGGAGGCGGCCGUUGCCAUGGAAGGAGCUGCAAGCCUCCCUGCAGACCGCGAACGGAGCCCCCGCACCCCCGAGGCUGGCCUCUGGCCUCCCGCCCCAGCCCGGCCGGGGGCCCCUCCCCGCUCCACCAUCCGCCUUGGGUACAGAAGCGGCGAGUGGCCCCUUUCCAGGAGGCCUGUUUACCAGCACGACAACAGCAAAUUAGUGCGCUUAAGAGGCAUUCAGCGUUUAUCCCGGCAAACAUGCGCAGCGCGAAGGGGGCCUGCAAGGCCUGCUCCCCGGAAUCUACUGAAAUGGGUCUGCUGUGCAUCUUAAUCGACUUCCUUCCACCCACCACAUUAAAUGCAUUUAAUCUACUCUUGCAAAUGGCUAAUUUUGAAAAUCCGCUUAUCAGAAUUAGGUCCUC